AUGAUGAAUAAUAUUCUUAACAACUUAAUAUUAAAUUUUUAUAAUGUGAUAAAAAAAGAUAUAAAAUCAUUAAAAAUCAUGCAUUUAUUUAUAUUAUUUUCUUCAUUUUUAAUUUUAACUUUUGCAUUAAAUGAAAAAGAACUUGAAUGUUAUACAUGUGAUAAUUUUUGUGAUUGUUUAAAACCAAAAAUUUCAUUAUGUCCUCCAACAUCACGUUGUUAUGCAUUAAGAUAUGAAAAUCAUACAUAUGCUCAUAUGGGAUGUGCCAUAAAAUGUGAUUUUGUUAAUAGUGUUGGUUAUGGUUCAUGUGAAGAUUGUACUGGAGAACGUUGUAUUGAACCAUAUACAGAAUUAGAAGUUGAUUACAGUGGUUGUUUUAAUCAAAAAAAUAGUAUAAAUAAAAGAGAUAUUGGUAGUGGGGCAACAUUUAAUUCUCAUCAUUCAAUUGGUGAAGGAGCUAAUCCAGAUGGUAGUAGAAUAGGAGAUGGUGUUUAUCACAAUAAUAACGGAAUUGGACAAGGUGCUAAUCCUGGUGCUGUAGGAAUUGGUAGUGGUAUUGAACCACAAAAUAUGGGUAUAGGAAAUGGUGCAAAUCCAAAUCAACCUAAUAUUGGAGGGGGUACUAUAUUUGAAGAACCAAGAAGAGUUCAUUUUGGUAAUCCAUCACCUAAAUUAGAUCAUCACCCACAUUCUCCAAGAGAUAUUGGUGAUGGUGCUGUACCACGUUACCGUGAACCUAUAGGUAGUGGAGCUCAACCAUUUGGAAAUAAUGGUCAUCAAAUUGUUAAAUCAAAUAUUUUUAAUUUCAUUUUAUUGCCUUUAAUUUUUAUAUAUUUUCUUUAG